UCCCCUAACCUUUGCUUAUACUUGGAAUCGGCCGUGUGUAAUUAAAUUCCAAGAUGGCUUCUCUUCUCGACCUGGCGGACAGUUUGCGGAUAGAAAAUAACGCGGAACUCCUACAGCAGAUCGCUCUGCUAGCUUAUCUGGACAAGAGCUCAGAAGGUGCGGAGCUGCUGAGCACAGUGACGCAGGCCCGCGUGGGGUACGAACUGUUCCAACGUGCCACUGGACAGGACCAGAUAGACAAGUACAAGAAAGAGUGUAUCCUGGCCAUUGCUGACUACUGCAAGAAGCACCCAAAUGCUUCAAAGGAAGACCUGCAAAAGGAAGUGGGAAAACAGAUUGUCAUAUUUGCAGCCAGAGUUGAUGCACUCUAGUGACUAGUAAUGUCUCAGGAAGAUGUUUCUGCUGUUGUGCCCUGAUUUAUGUAUUAUUACGGUCAUGUAGAUUAGACAAUGGGGAAUUUAGCGGUCCAAUAGAGUAGGUAGUGAAAAGCACUGGGCACUGGGCACUCUGGGUUUGGAAGGGGCACAGUAUGUGUAGCUUUUGACAAAUGUUAAACUCGAGUUCCUCUAUACCCAUGAAUGUUAUUUAUAUUUUAAUGGAAAAUACAUAGUGAAACAAGAUUAGAAUUUAGAGAUCUUAAACCUCAGGAUGUGUUAGAGUUUCCCUGAUUUUACUGACACAACCAAAGAGAUGGUCUGACAAACUUUCAAACAGACAUAGGGCAGAAACCUUGCAGACUGGGGGGUCAAAAGUGCACAAACUUGUUGUGACAAGCCCUAAGUACAGUAAUUUGGGUGACUGCUGUCAAUCUCUGGUUAGAAAUCUCCCCUGCCAUCCUGCUACUCUACUACACUUAGAUACCAGACAAAACACACAGACACACAGACAGGCAAACAAUACCUCUGUACCUGGAGGUAAAGAGCAGUAUGCUAUUUCAAAGGAGAUGGAGUAGGAGUCCUGUUAAAACAUUGGGCUUGUAAUAUGGUGCCCCUGAAAGGAAAGGAAAAAAAUGACUUUUAAGUUAAGAGUGACCAGUGUCUCCCCCAAAUGGCAGUGUAAGUUGUGCCUGCAAGAAGCCUCAGGGACCUGUGGACAUGGCCUGGAGACUCCAGCCAAACUGUGAAAAGGAUGUCUUUAGUAAUCGGUAUUAGCUCAAACAGACCUCAAUAACAGGAGAAAAGGCUUUUUGAAUGAAAGCAACAGUCAACAUGUAUGUUGGAAUAUUGAAAGCAAUUGAAAGUUUCUAAAGUCAGCUGUCAGCUGAUUUUUCUGGCUAUAUUACAAUUCCACAGCAGUCCUCAGUCUCAGAGAAAACAAUUACCUACCAUCAGCAGGAAGUGGCUGAUUUUUCUCUGUCCUCAGCAGAUGUCUACAGUUCUCUGCGGUUUACAUAGAUGUAUAUAAUCAUGGCUCUGACCUGAUGUACAAGGUUUGUACAAGGUUUACUUUGUCAAAAGCUGAAUGUACAUUAUGGUACAGGUAUUCCAAAACCUGCACCUUUCUGUGCAAAAGAAGAUGUUGUGUUUGAUGUUUUGAUGUGUUUUGAUAAAGUAAAUGUCAUUUUGAGCCAGCCAUUUCAUGCAAUGUUGGCAGGAAUCUCCUUUUAUCUGUUGUGACCUUUUACUGUAUUGGACUUGUAUUGCAGUAUAAUACAGCAGACCAAAAGCUGUACUUUUAACAGAAUUAGGACUAUACUUUACAACAAACAGGUCAGGAUAGUUUUGUUUUCUAUUGUUGAUAUUUUCCUCAAAAAAAUAUGGCUGAAAUUUCUUUCAUUGUGCUAAAAUGUUGAGCAGCCAAUGUCAAUUCUGUAUGUGCAAAUAAAUCAUUUUAUUUCUGGCCAUUGUCA